UUUUUUCGGGAUUUCGUAAUUUUUAGGCUGAAAAACAAGGAAAAAUCGAUAUUUCACUACAAUUUUCACUGAAAAUUGAAGAAAUUGCCCUAAAAACCACAUGACCACUGGCACUGACGUUUUCAAAAAUCGUUCUUUUAUCUUAUCAAUUUUUGAUUUUUACAAGAUGAUUUUUGAAAUUAUUUCCUUUUUUCUUCUCGUUCUUUCUUUUUAACCAGUCUUCAUACAAAAUGUAUAUAUUUUUUCAGAAAAUAAAAAAAAAUUACACUAAAAACAGAAAACUAGGGCGGUUUUUGAUGUGUUUUUGCGUCAUUUUUGUUGAUUUUUGAUAAUAAAAUUGAGAAGAAAACGUUAGAAACACUAAAAAAAACAAUGUUCCCAACGAAAAACCCCAUUAAAUUCGAUUUUACUGAAAAAAUUUGCCCGAAAAUUCGCAAGUUUUGCAAUUGAAUUGAAAAAAAUUGAAUUUUCACUAAUUUUAAGAGAAAAUUAGUAAAAUUUUCAAAAUUUCUGCAAAAAUAUGAUAUAAAUUGCCGGGAAGUGCAAAUUUUUGAGCCUGAUGGCCUAGAAACACAAAACUCGGCCACGUUGUUUAAAUUUAUUGUGAAAAUUUGGAAUUUUUGAAAAAUACAGUUAAUUUUAAGCUUUCUAGGUGAAAUUUUAGUUCCAUUCAAUUUUUCAAGUUGGUGGCCUAGAAACCCAAAACUAGUCCCUGCUUUCAAAUUUUCUGAAUGUUUUUGGUUUUUUUAUUAUUUAAAUUUCCGUUCUAACAGUUUUAAUAAGAAUAACUGAAAAAAUUUCUGAAAAAUCGAUAAAAUUGUAAUUUUUUGACCUUAAUGGCCUAGGAAUCCAAAACUAGUUCCCGCUUUCAAAUUUUUUAUUUCUACGUGUUUUCUCCCCCGAAUCACAUGAUCAAAAUUUGCAUUUCUCGUGCCGACUUCCAUAUUAAAUCAGUCGUCGACCGGUUUUUUAGCGCAUUUUCUCUAAAAAAUCGGCCAUUUUUCACAUUUUUCACUUGAAAAAUUCCAGAUUUUCGCCCAAAAAUCGAUAAAAUCAGUUACAAAUCAUGGGCCUUGGCAGCAGUAAGCGUAAGGAGGAGCCACCACACAAAUCUGAGCCAAAAACUGUCGGAAGGGUAAAACGUGCCGGCGCGCGGCCUGACGAGAUGAUUGCGAAAUAUGCGGAAGUUUUGAAGACACGUGGCAUUUUACCCGAAUAUUUUCUGGUUCACGAGGCGAAAAGGUGCAGAUUAUCGAUUUUUUGAAGAAAAAUUUGAAAAAUCCGGAAAAAAUCGAUAGAAAAUCCAAAUUUUGUGCAUUUUGUCGUGAAAUUAAAUGUGAAAUUCUAAUGUUUCGGUAUUUUCUCGUAAAAUUUUAUGAAAUAUUUGAAUUUUCGCAAAUUUUACCGUAAAAUUAGAUAAAAAAUAUCGAAUUUCUAGUAAAAUUUCAUGCAAAUUCCGAAUUUUCUGAAUUUUUACGGAAAAAAACUCGGUGUUUGCACAGAUUCGCCGCUACAGUUACCCGAAAACCCAAAAAAUUAACGAUUUUUCUUGCAGUUCACAAUAUAUCGACGAGGAUGGUGACGUGGCAAACGAGUUUUACCAAGAAACGAUGAGCGACGGCGAGAAACGACGAUUAUGCCGAUUAAUGAAGAAUUUGAGGCCAAAAGGCAAGGAACGCUACGCAAUUCCACGACUGAAGCACGACAUUCCGGUGGUCAUUUGGGAAGUUCAGCAGCCUCAAGAAACAUAAUCUUGAAUAAAUUUACCGAUUUUCACUACAAUUUUCUCCAUUUUCUCGAUCCUCCGUGUGUGCUAACGAUUUUUCUGAUCUCUUUCGGGUACUUUUUGAUGUAAAAUACUUAUUUUUCCGCUUUUUUUUCACUCAAUAAAUGUUUUUUUUCUAUGAAAA